AUGAUUUUAACCACACAAUCAGAAAAGGUUAACAACCGAAUGGAAGGAGUAACUAUCGACACUCCUAAGGAGAAAUUAGGAACGCCAGGCUUUUUGAAAAAAGAAGUAGAGGAAGACGAACAAAGAUUAGGAGCUGAUUUAAGAGCUGAUUCAGAGGACGGUGACGACGAAUCUGUUGACGAAGCUGGACCAAGCAAACCAGUCAGAAGAAAUCGCAAUCUGCGUGUCAAAGGACAACCACCGACUCGUAUCAGUACACAAACUGUCAUUAACGAGCAAGACAAUUUGUCAAAAAUCAACGAAUUGAGCAGUGCAAAAUCGUCAGACAGCGAAUCUGACGAAGAGGAAAUAACGGUAAACAGAAAGAAUCUUACAAAAAGAGUAAAACAGAAAGAGAAAGUGGAGACUAGGCCUACAAGCGAUUCCGAAGAAGAGCAAGUAACGGUUGAACAAAAAGGGAAAGUAGAAACAAAUAAAAAGACUAAAGUAAGGCCAAUAACCCCCGACCGUUUGAGUGAAACGAACCCUUUGAGAGAUAUUGAAUUGUGGGAAACAACAACAACCUUUCCGAAAAUGAAAGAAGAAGACGAAACAGUUAUCAUUAAAAGAAAAAAUGCAGGGGUCCCAAAAGAAGAAGCGAAGCACGGGGCCUUAAUGGCAUCAGAGCCACUAAACGAUGAAGCCCUUUGCGACAGCGAAGUCGAAUCGGAAGAAACCAUUUUAGCUAAAGAUUGUCGAGUAAAAUCAAACCAGAGUUAUUAUAACAGUCAGAAGCUUUUACAGAAUCAACAGCAAAUGACUAUAUCGCUGUUGGCCCAAGUGCCCGCUUUUAACGGAAUGGGGUCGACAAAAUUUGAAGAUUGGAUAAAACAUUUCGAAAGGGUUAUUGACACUUCUGAGUUUGAGGAGGCUUUGUCUGAAAUAAAAAAGGAAGCAGAGGGAUGGAAAAUGGCCUCAGAAAAGAACCAAAAGUUAUUAAGCGACCUUCUACAAAAGAAAGUAGAGAAAAAGCAGAAGAAACGAGAGGAAGGAUUUAUUAAUGCUGUGUCCACUAACUCUAACGUUCAAGCGAUGGACGACACUAAACGCGACCUAGAAGAAUUAAAAAUAACGGCGAAAAAUAAUCAAAAAUUAUUGAGCGACAUGAUGCAUGCAACAAGCUAG